AUGGAGACCGCGGUACACACUUCCCUUCCCGGGGCCGAGGGCGUCCGCGGGGCACGCAGGCCCAUGAACAUCAGGGCCUGCAAGGGGCUGGCGGUGGGGCGAGUGAAAGUCUUCAGCCGCCACAAAGGGGAGGUCAACUGCUCGGCCUUCUCUCCCAACGGCCACACGCUGCUCACGGCCUCCGAGGACGGCUGCCUGUACGGCUGGGCCACCAACAGCGGCAAGCUGCUCUGGAGGCUGGGCGGACACACAGGCCCCGUGAAGUUCUGCCGUUUCUCCCCGGAUGGCCGCCUCUUUGCCAGCACCUCUGGUGAUUGUACUGUUCGCCUGUGGGACACAGCCGAGGCCAAGUGUCUGCAGGUCCUAAAUGGUCAUCAGCGGAGCGUGGAGACCGUCAGCUUCAGCCCCGAUUCCAAGCUGCUGGCAUCAGGGGGUUGGGACAAGCGGGUGAUCCUUUGGGAGGUACAGUCUGGCCAGGCCCUGCGACACUUGGCAGGGCACAGAGACUCUAUCCAGAGCAGUGACUUCGCACCCAGCUCUGACUGCCUGGCCACAGGCUCCUGGGACUCCACCAUCUGCAUCUGGGACCUGCGAGGCAGAGCAGUCAUGGCUCAAGAGCUGGAGGGCCACCAAGGCAACAUCAGCUGCCUGAGCUACUCCUCCUCUGGCCUCCUGGCUUCCGGUUCCUGGGAUAAGACCAUCUCUAUCUGGAAAACUUUCACCUCAAGCCCGCCUAUUCAGCUCAAGGGUCACAUAUCCUGGGUGAAGAGCAUAGCUUUCUUUCCCGACGGGCUGCAGCUGGCCAGUGCUGACUACUCCCCCAUGAUCAAAGUAUGGGACUGCAAUACAGGAAUGUGCCUUGAGACAGUGAAGGGAGUACUGGACGAGGCCCACGCCUUUGCCUUUACCCCAGACAAGAAACUCCUCGUGUCUGGCUCUGUUGAUGGCUGA